AUGGCGUCGUCACCGAACACGAAGUCCACGAGCACGCCAGAGACCGUGCGCGGCGAGCACCAGUUCGACGUCGCAGGGUACAGCCGCAAGCAGGGCGCCGGCGCCGGCACCGUCCUCACCUCCGCCACCUUCGCCGCCGGCGGCUUCGACUGGGCGAUCCGCUACUACCCUAACGGGAAGGGCAACGAUGAGUUCGUGUCCACCUUCGUCCGGCUCGUGACACCGAACGCCACCACGCGGGCGCUGUUCGACCCCCGGCUGGUGGACCGCGCCACCGGGCUGCCGCGGUCGGUGCGCCGGAGCACGGCGCCGGUGGCGUUCGGCGCGGGCCGCGCCGGGAAGCGCGAGCGGGGCGCCCGCACGUUCAUGGCGAGGGCCGAGCUCGCGGCGUCACUGGCCUUGCUCGCGGCGCGGUCUCCGGUGCUCAACGCCGAGCUCUCCGGGCCGCCGGCGAAGGAGGAGGAGGGCGCAGGUGAGGCGGUGGCCGUCGACGGCGUGACGCCUCUGGUGUUCAGGACCCUGCUCCACUUCAUCUACACCGACGCGCUGCCCGGCCUGGGCGAUCUUGGCCUCUGGAGUACCGAGAACUGGCUGAAGCAGAUAUGCAGGGCCAUCCUGCAGGAAGAACUUGAUGCGGAGACCGUGGCAGCUGCGCUGGAUUCUGCUGGUCAAAACCGCCAUUGCCAGGAUCUUGGAGAUGGUUGUGUUCAGUUCAUGCCGUCGUCUGGAUUGGAAGGAUGA